AUGGAUGAUCUAGAGGAUAGAUGGGAUAAACUGCAACUAACAGAGGAGGAGAAUGCUGUGAUUGAUCUUAAUGCAGUACACUUGGGGAGGGUGAAGGCAAAGGGAGAUAAGAGUCUUGUAGGAAAACUGAUCUCAGAUCGUAAAGUUAACAAGGAAGUGAUUAGAUCUACGAUGAAUAACAUUUGGAGAUUGGCAGGAUCAUUCACUUUUCAUGAUAUUCUUCCAAAUCUAUUUGUAGUAACGUUUGACAACCAGAAGGAUAAACAGCGAGUUCUGGACGGAAAACCUUGGUUGUUUGACAAUCAACUACUAUUGUUGAAACCUUUUGAUGGUUUUACCCUUCCACAGAAGAUGAAUUUUGACUACGAAGCCUUUUGGGUGCAUCUGAACAAUUUACCAUUGGCCUGUAUGAAUCUAGAAGUUGGAACUCAGAUUGGAAAAACUAUUGGAAAUGUAAAAGAAGUAGACGUACGUGAAGAUGGGAUAGGAUGGGGACGGUACUUGAGAGUGAAGAUUGAAUUAGACCUGAGGAAAUCGAUAGCACGGGGAAGAACUGCGAACGUGCUGGGAUCCAAAAUUUGGGUGCCUUUGAGCUAUGAAAAACUUCCUAAAAUUUGUUUCAAAUGCGGAAGAUUAGUACAUGGAGCAGAAGGUUGUGUAGGAUUGGAUGGGAGGGGUGGUGGAUCUCAAUAUGGUACUUGGCUUCGAACUUACCACACGGAUAGGGGGAAUAUUACAGAAAAUAAUAGGUAUAGUUCCAGAGAAGGAUGUGCCGAGGAAGAAAGAGAGUUUAAUCGUGGUAGUAUGGGUAAGGGAGGGAUGUCAAAAGCAGGAUAUUCAACUACACCAGUUGAUGAGGUCUUUGAGGAUGAGAUGGUGGAUGUUUUAAAAAAAAGUAAGGGGUCGUGUGAAGCAAAAAAGGAAGGGGCAGAUAAGGUGUUUGUAGAAAAAACUGAGAGAAAUGAGAUCGUUGAUAAUGCAAGUAGGGAGGGGAUGGAUGAUGCUCAAAUUUUGGCAACUGCUAAGGAGGGUCUCUUGUAUACUGAAUCUGAGUCUAAUUCUCAAUUGCUUCUUCAAAAUGAGAAAGGAUUGUGUGGAGGAAAGGAGGUGUUAGAAAAGGGGAGGUGGAAGAGGAGGGCACGUAUUGUAGGAAGAAGUAAUGUUAAGGAGGCCUCAGUUGGGGGAAAACGUAGUUUGAGAGGUGAUUUUUCUGAUGACAGUUGUGAGGGCAUCUCAAAAAAGAGUAGAAGGGAUACUAAUGAGGGGGAUGAAAGUGUGGUUUUGGGAUUGGCGGAGGCUGCUUCAAGCAAGAGAAAAGGGUCAUGGAAGCUUUUGUCAUUACUAAAGCCUUCACCAGAUCAGCCUUGGUGCAUCAUUGGAGAUUUCAAUGAAGUUGUUUGUCAAGCAGAGAAGAUGGGUGGGAAACCUAGAUCAGAAACCCAAAUGGAAGAGUUCAGAAAAGUUUUGGAAGAAAAUUGUAUUUUUGAUUUGGGGUGGAAGGGCAGUAUGUAUACUUGGAGUAAUAAAUAUGGUGAUAAUACUUUUACAAAAGAAAGGUUGGACAGAGCAGUUGCAAACCAUCAAUGGUCUGAAUCCUUCAAAUUUAGAGAAGUUGAGGUUUUACCAGUAGCACAAUCUGACCAUAAAGCCCUCCUGCUUUAUAUGAGGCAUGAACUGAUAGUGCAAAAAAUGAGGAGGAGAGUUUUCAGAUUUGAAGCAAAGUGGAUUCGAGAUGAAGAAGGAGAGCUUGUGGUAGAUGGAGCUUGGAAGAGAUGGGUAGCAGGUGAUAGUUUCUUAAAAAGAAUACAAGGAAAGCUGUUGAAUUGUCAAGGGGACCUGACUCGAUGGAGUUCAAGAAGACAUAAGGAUUUUGGUGCUGCUAUGAAGCAAAAAACUGAAAGGUUAAAGUUUGAACUAGAUAAUGAAGGCCCUCAUAAUAUUGAAUUGAUCAAGCAGCUACAAGGUGAGAUGGGGCUCCUGUUAGAGCAAGAAGAUUUAAAAUGGAGACAACGUGCAAAGAGGAUUUGGUAUCAGCUAGGUGACAAGAAUACAAAAUUCUUUCAUUCAUGUGCUAGCCAGAGAAGAAGAAAAAAUCAGAUUAAGGAGCUAUUGAACUCUCAGGGAAGCAGGGUGACAAAAAAAAAAGAGAUAGAAGAGGUCUUUUAUGAGUACUUUAAUGGUAUUUUCUGCUCAACACAACCCUCAAGGGCAGCCAUAGAAGCUUGA